AUGGCCUGGGCUCUGCAGGCAUAUGGCUCCGUAAUGGGAGGAGGGAGGAGGAAGGGAGGAGGAAGAGGAGGGAGGGGGCAAAGGGGGCGUGUUCAGAUGGACAGAGGAGGGGGACAUGACCGGACCCUGAAGGCACCACGCCACAGCAGUCAGCAGGAGAAGAUGACGCGCUCUCUGCAGGACGAGUGUGACACAGAGGAGCAGAGUCCAGACCAGGACCAGGACCAGGACCAGGACCUAGAGCACAUGGAUGAGCCCCGAGAUGAGGAGGAGGAGGGGGAGGACGGGGAGGACGGGGGAGAGGACGGGGAGGAGGAAGAGCCAGAGGACGAAGGAGACGAGGACGGAGAGGAGGGUGAGGAGCGGCCCAAACGCAGAGGGCCCAAGAAGAAGAAGCUGACCAAAGCCCGCAUGCAGAGGUUUAAGGUCCGGCGGAUGAAGGCCAACGCGCGGGAGAGGAACCGGAUGCACGGGCUGAACGAUGCGCUGGAGAGCCUGAGGAAGGUGGUGCCCUGCUACUCCAAGACCCAGAAGCUUUCCAAGAUCGAGACGCUGCGCCUGGCCAAGAACUACAUCUGGGCCCUGAGCGAGAUCCUGCGCUCCGGAAAGGCCCCUGACCUCAUGAGCUUUGUGCACGCGCUCUGCAAAGGUCUGUCUCAGCCCACAACUAAUCUGGUGGCUGGCUGUCUGCAGCUGAACCCCAGGACGUUCCUCCCGGAGCAGAGCGGAGAGCUGCCUCACCUGGCCCCAGGACCGGCCUACACUGGGGGCUAUUCCUACCAGAGCCCUGGCCUGACCCCCGGCCUACCCAGCCCGCCCUACGGCACCAUGGAGCCCCCUCACAUCUUCCACCAGAUAAAGUCGCAGCCCUACGCCCUGGAGCCCUUCCUGGAGGCGGGCUUCGAUGGGCCCCUCAGUCCCCCCCUCAGCGUCAACGGCAGCUUCCCCCCGUCUUUCAAGCACGAGCCGGGAGACUACCCCUACCCCGGGCACUACGGCAGCGCCAUGGGCGGGGCUCUGUAUGGGCCGGGGGGAGGAGCCAACGUAGACGGCAUCAUGGCCUUUGACGGACACCAGCACGAGCGCAUCAUGAACGUCCAGAUGAACGCCAUUUUCCAGGACUCGUGA